GCAGGGCUUCACCGAGUCCGACAGCAGUCGCGAGCGGCUGCUGGCCAUGCUGCGGGACUCCAAGCUGGAGGGGCCCGCCGUUGUGGUCGACCCACGGGACACCCGGCCCGCCGCCGUCUCGCCUAACAGCAGCCUGACGGACGGCAACAGCCACAUAGCCUCCAAGCUCAUACACCAGUUCUCCGUCAGGUUGCGUGCCUCCGUACGAACCACCGCCUCACGAGGCAGCUGGUGUCAGCUCCUAGGCAAGGGUGCUGGCGGCGGCAGCGCGCGGGGCAUUGACGGCGCCAGCAGCGGUGGCGCCAGCGGUAAGGAGGAGCGCGCCGCUAGCGGUGACCCACGGCUCAGCAGCACCGGCGACGGCACGGACGGGCGGCAAUCCUCCUCGGAAUCCUCGGAGCUGGCGGUCCAAACGCUGAAUGUGUCACGGGUGCUGCGGGCGGCGGUGCAUGCGGG